GGAUAUCAUUUUUCCUCAAAACUACCCGACGCAUAAAAGGAACUAAAACCUACCGUGCCGUUGUGCUGCUCCCGCUCUAAAGCAAUGGCAGCCGAGGCUUCUCCUCCUCUCCCCUCUUCAAAGACGAAGAAAUCAAACAAGAAAAAUCUCCGUGCAAAGCCGGACUACGAAAAUGUCGGUGCAUUGCCAUGGAACGACUCUCUUACCAACGACGAUCCUUUCUCCCUAUUAGUCGGCACCAACGAAGGAGGUUUCCUUUCGCUCGAAGAGAUCGACGAGUCGGAGUAUGGUUUGCUUCCUGGAUUCGCCAAGUCGGGAGAAGAAGCUCUGUCAAAUUUCUCGAAAUCGAAGAAACGCAAGCUUCGGGACAGCGGUGGUGGUUCCGAUGAUGAUUUGUGUGUUAUUAAAGAUAGUAACGAGGAGACAACGGAGGAGAGAAAAGGGAGGAAGAAGAAGAAGAAGAAGAAGAAGAAGACAGAGAAGAAGAAGAAUGGUGAAACUGUCAAAGAGAAAAUCGAUGAGGGGGGCCCAACAGAUAGACCUUGUGUUUCGACAGAUGGGCAAGAAGAUAAUGCUGAUGGUGUUUCUAGCGAGAAGGUCAUUCCAGACGAGGAUGAAUUCUAUGCAUGGAAGGAGCUGAGGCUCCAUCCUUUGCUUAUGAAAUCGAUAUAUAGGCUUGGGUUCAAGGAACCUACUCCCAUACAGAAAGCUUGCAUUCCUGCAGCUGCCCAUCAAGGAAAGGAUGUUAUUGGUGCUGCUGAGACGGGAUCUGGUAAAACGCUUGCAUUUGGGCUGCCCAUCUUGCAACGUCUUCUUGAAGAAAGGGAAAAGGCUGCGAGGUUGCUUGGAAAUGAAGGAGAUGCUGUGAGUAAGGGUGUUCAGGGAAGCCCUCUUCGAGCUCUUAUUGUGACUCCUACAAGGGAGCUUGCUCUUCAGGUCUCUGAUCAUCUCAAGGAAGCAGCCAAACUCACCAAUAUCACUGUGGUUCCCAUUGUUGGUGGGAUGUCUACAGAAAAGCAGGAGAGACUUCUAAAAAGAAGGCCUGAGAUCAUUGUUGGAACUCCGGGGAGGUUAUGGGAACUCAUGUCAGGAGGAGGCCAACACCUUGCUGAGUUACAUGCUUUGUCUUUCUUUGUGCUGGACGAGGCCGACCGAAUGAUAGAGAGUGGUCAUUUUCAUGAGUUGCAGUCAAUUAUUGACAGGCUUCCCAACACACCCGUCUCUGUUGAAGGACAUCCACAAACAACUCAAGCAUGUGAAACAGUUUUGAACGUACAGCAUAAGAAAAGGCAAACAUUCGUGUUUUCUGCAACUGUAGCUCUAUCUGCUGGGUUUCGUAAAAAGCUAAAGCGUGGAUCACUUACUCCUAAGGCAUCCAUGAAUGAUAGCAUCAGCUCGAUAGAGACUCUUUCUGAGCGAGCAGGAAUGAGAGCUGAUGCUGCAAUAGUUGAUUUAACAAAUGCUUCAAUCAUGGCUGAUAAACUUGAAGAAUCAUUCAUUGAGUGCAAGGAAGAAGAUAAAGAGGCCUAUUUAUAUUAUUUAUUGAGUGUGCAUGGCCAUGGCCAAACAAUUGUUUUCUGCACAUCAAUUGCAGCUUUACGUCGUAUUUCUUCCCUGUUGCGUGUCCUCGGCAUCAAUGUUUGGACCCUUCAUGCUCAAAUGCAACAAAGAGCUCGGUUAAAGGCAAUUGAUCGUUUUCGUGGAAGUGAACACGGCGUGCUUGUUGCUACUGAUGUUGCAGCAAGAGGCCUCGACAUUCCUGGUGUUCGGACUGUUGUUCACUAUCAAUUACCACAUUCCGCAGAGGUUUACGUUCAUAGAAGUGGAAGAACAGCUCGAGCUUCUUCUGAUGGGUGCUGCAUUGCAAUAAUUUCUCCGAGUGAUCGGUCGAAAUUUGCCUCUUUGUGCAAAUCAUUUUCAAAGGAAAGUCUUAAGAGGUUUCCUAUAGAUAACUCGUACAUGUCAGAGGUUUUAAAACGGCUAUCGCUUGCACGUCAAAUAGAGAAUAUCUCACGGAACAACUCCCAGGAAAAGGCAAAGAAGAACUGGUUCAAACGGAAUGCAGAGUCUGUGGAAUUGGUUGUGGAGGACAGUGGAAGUGAGGAAGAAAGAGUAAAAAGUUCUAAACAAAAGAAAAUGAGCUGUCUUCACUUAAAGAAACUUCAAGAGGAGCUGAAUAUACUCCUCACACGCCCAUUGCAACCAAAGACAUUUUCGCAUCGCUAUUUGGCAGGGGCUGGGAUUUCCACCCUUCUACAAGGGCAGCUAGAAGAAUUGGGUAGGCAGAAACUGGUGGACAGCAACAACAUUUCUAGCGAAAGCAAGAAAUCAAAUCUUUUGGUUAUUGGUCGAGACUGCAUCGAGCCGCUUCAGGCACUUCGUAGUGCUGGAAAUGAGGUUUGCAUGGACCUAAAACAUGAAGCAGAAAGACAAAAGACAAUAGAGAACAGAAGAAGAAAAAGGAGAGACGAGAAAAAACGUAUGCGUGAACAAAGGAGGAGAGAGAAGAAGCACAAGAAAGAUGGUGGCAAAUAGAAGCUAUGUUUUGGGAAUGUACUCACAUUGGCUCUAUGCUGGCCUUGCAAAGAAAGAAUUUUUACAGAAGUACCAAAUAUUGUAGCCGUUGGCAGUAUCUAUUUACUGUAUUUCAGAAAUAAGGCUGUCUUUGUACCUUUUCUUUUCUUCUUUUAUUUUUAUUUUUAUUUUUUUAAAACUUUCCUUGAAGAAUAUGCAGUUUUUCUGCAUGUUUUGAGUUUUUUCUUCCUUGUAUCCUUCAAAAAAAGAAAAGAAAAAUAAAAUAAAUCACCUGGGAAAGACAGAAAAAUUUUGGAAAGAAAAAGGCAAAAGCAUUAGGGCUAAAAACAGCUAAAUGUUUACACAGACAAGGAAACUAAAAUGAAGGUUAAACCCACAUCAGAGGUUGUCAGAAAUGUAACAAUUAAGUGCUUAUUCCACCUUC